GUCACCGCAAAGAAGCAUCUGUUUCAGUAGAUUACCGCUGUCGGAUAGAUAGCUACAACUUGCCGGUGACUUUUGCAUGUUCAACACGAUAAAAUAUGUCACAAAGAGGAGUAAAGAGAAAGAUAAGUGGCGAAGACGAUGAAGAUGGGGAUUUAGAACCAGGCCAAAUGUUUGUAGAUGGUCAGACCAACAUAUCAAGAUCUGGCAGGGUUCGCAAGAAGUCAGCCAAACUGUUAGGGAUUGACUAUGCUGACCCAGAGGAAGUGGAAAAGGAAUUUACAAAACCAGGCAAAGGUAAAGGAAAGGCCCAAUCUCCAAGAAGUCCUAGAAGUGGUGACAGUAGUGCCUCAUCUGUGUCAGAAUUAGCAACUCAUGCAGAAAGCACCAGCCCCAGUAUGAUCAAACUGUUGCUGAAUAAAGCCAAUCCACCAUUAACAGCCCCAUCUAAGUCUCCAGUGUCUUCACUGCUCCCUGGCACAGGCUUUGACCCAAAUGCAAUUACGCCUAAAAGGUCUAAGGGUAAGAAGGCAAUCCCAGCAGAUGAAGAUGUAUUUGAUCCUCCAGGAGAAAAUCCCAAACAGGGCGAUGGUGACCUCAAACUCAAAAUCCAUCUGGGGUCUUCUCCUUCUGUACAGUCAGUUGGGGAACAAGACAGCAAAAGUUCAAAAAAGAAAAAUAAAAAGGAAAAGAUGCCUCCCCCUCUUCCUUUGGACUUUUCAUCAGAAAAUGAUAAUGUCACUAUCAAGGAGGGAGAUGGAUUGAAAUUAAAACUCAUUCUGUCUCCAAACAAAGAAAAACCAUCUGAUUUGGAACCAAAUUUUGAUUCACCAGAAACAGCGAAACAAGACAGUAAGAAAAGUUCUAAAAAGGGUAAACAGGCAAAGUCCAUGAAAGCUGAGCAGACUGCAUUGGAUUUUUCUCCUUCAGUGAGUGGUAGUGCUACAAAAAGUGCAAAGAAGGGCAAAAAAUCUAAAACCAAAAACAUUUCUGCCGAAACUCCAUCUUUUGCCAUGUUAGAGGAUUCAGUUUCUAGUGGUAAAACAGAAGGUGAAGAUGCAGAUAUAUCUCAUGAUAGCUCCACAGUUGUCUCCUAUGCCGACUUCAUGCAGUCCAUGCAAGAAGAGGAAGAAGAAAGAAAGCUAGAAAGGUCCAACAAAAAGAAGAAAAAGAAAGAAGGAGAAACAAACACAAAAACAUCUGCCAAAAAGAAGAAGGCAGGCCAGAAGCCCCCAGAACCCAACCUUGUAUCUGAAAGUGAAACCAGUAUGGAUACCUAUCCAGAAGUUCCUGAACCUAAAUCAUCCAAACGAAAGAAACAGAAGCAGCCAUCUAAAUUUGAUGACAGCAGUUUUACUCUAGAAGAUAGCAGGGAUGAAGUAGAUGAGAGUGAAAGUCACACAGAGGGAGAACUCAGUGAGACACAGGAUGAAGAUUGUAUAGAAGAAGAGUCUGACUCAGCAGAUGCUUUGAGUACAGAUGCUGAGGCUUCUAAUCAAGAAUUUGCAGUGCCUGCCCCUCCUGAUACUUCACUGUAUAUGAAACUGAAGAAGCCAGGAUUGGCAGAAAAGAAAAAGAAAAAAGGGAAAUCCAAAGAAAAGAAGGCUAGAAGAACCCGUGCUCCCACAGCAUAUACACUGUGGUGUAGUUCCUAUAGGCAGAAGAUUGUAGCACAGAAUCCAGGCAUAGACUUUGCCAACAUAAGCAAGAGACUUGGUGAGAUUUGGCAAGCUUUGCCUGAGAAGGAAAAGACAUCAUGGCGGAGAAAAGCUAAGAAACUUGCUAAUAAGGGUACAAGCCUUAUAAGUACAGGUAAACCAAUGCCCAAAGGAACACACUUGAUGAAAUCAUCCACAGCUGUGCGUCACGGAGGGUCCAGGCCCAAGGCAGCAGUUGCGUCAGCUGCAGCUGCCUCUCCCCCCAGCUUGUCAUCUGCCUCAGAUGCUCUUAGUCCAUAUAAGGUGACUGGAACAUCUCCAUUAGAUGCUGCAGCCCACCUGAAGCUGCUGGGAGAGUCUCUGAGUAUCAUAGGUACCAAGCUGCAUGAACAUAGGGGUCACAUAGCAGUGCAGGGUAGCCUGUCAGUUCUCCUAGACUCAAUGAUCUGUGCACUUGGACCAUUACUUUGUCUGACAGCCCAGUUACCAGAAACAAAUGGCAGCUCUCAUGAAACGCAAGUUAAAAUACUGGACAAUAUUGCUUACAUUAUGCCUGGACUUUGAAAAUAAAAUCAAACAAUUAACAACCCCUAUUGGGAAACUUUCUUUCUAUGAAGUGUUAAGCGUGAAGGUGUUCAUGACAAUAAAGCUGUGAAGUGAAGGGAAUUCACAUGUUACACUUAACCAUUGUUAGCUGCUGUGGUAUCAUGAUUUAUUUAUUAUUGGGUUAAAUUGCUACCCAUGAUCAGGCAACCAGCAAAGAGUUUUAAAGGUCAGUGAAUAUCUUGGUGGGUUUCUGGAGUAGAAAAGUGAAAAGUAUGAGAGAAGUCUCUUUUCCCAGUUGUUAUACCUUAAGAUAUUGUCAGAAUCGUGGUUCUGGGAUCCAUUGCCAAACCUGGAUAUUACAGUUUUAUGACUCUUACCUUACUAGUGCAUGGCUGGACGUAAGCAGGUUUGAUUCUGAAUGAUAAGUGGAUGAAUAUGAGGUCCAGUGGUCUGUUAGGCAACAACUUAAAUUCACGUAAUUAUGUUUAUGUGUACUAUGAUGAAGUGUUGUACAAUAAAGUGGAAUAAUUUUUACUUUA